AUGGAGGGUCCGUGUACAUCUGGGUUCUGGAGCUGGGUGGUUCUGAUGCUGAUGGUGACGACUGCAACAGUCACUGGGCAAGCGCUCUCGGGGCUGACCCUCUAUGAUGCCGGGAUUGGUCAUCUCGCCGUUUCCUGGACAGUCGUGGGGAAUCUUCCGAUCUCGCGCUACAGGCUCCGCUACCAGCCGGCAGACGGGUCGGGCUCGUACCGGGACCUCUCCCCUGCACCAGGAGCGGACACCACCUCGGCUACUGUGCAGGGACUGUUUGCAGACACGGAAUACAUCCUCACGCUGACUUCUUUUGGCGAGGGCGACCAGCCAAACGGGGAGAUCAGUGGGACAUACACCACAAAGUCGUUUGUGGUGAACGUAGUGUGUGACCAGGACAGUAUGAGUCUAUCCAUCCCCCGUGCGGCGCUGCCGGCUGUGAAUGUGGAGGACCUGCACCUGCUGGACCCGGACUGUGGAGCCACUGAGGACGAAGACGUCUUUAAGUUGGAGACACACCUGCAGGAGUGUGGAACCAGGCAGGAGACCUCAGGAGACGACAAAUUCAUCUUUUCCAACGAAGUCAUUGCCAAACAAGUGACUCAGGCCAACGGCGCUGUGCGUAACCAGCCGGUACACCUGCCCUUCCAGUGCGAGUUCCUCCGUCAGCACGUAGUUUCCCAGGGUGACGACAUCAUGUAUAACAUCCCCUCUCCUCGCCUUCAAAUCAUUGACGCCAACAACAGCUUCACCAUGGAGAUGCAUAUGUUCACUUCGGAAGACUUCAGUGCAACCUACGAGAGUUUUGACUUCCCGCUUCAGGUGUCACCAUCUGACCGUCUUCACUUCGGCCUGAGCGUGGCGUCACCGCUGGACAACCUGGAGCUGUUCGCCCGUGACUGUGUCUCCACCCCCACCACCAACGCUGACGACUCUCCUAGGGUCAGCAUCAUCGACGAUGGCUGCCAGGUUGAUCAAACUCUACAGAAGGACAAUGACCUUUCUAACGACAGGGCCUUGUACUACAGCGUGGCCGCCUUCACGUUUCCCAACGCGCUCGACCCUAGCCUGGUGUACUUCCACUGCACCAUGAUCAUCUGCUUCAAGGACGACCCUGACUCCCGGUGCAAACAGGGCUGCAUCCCGCCAGCACGGCGCAGGCGAGCCGUCUCGGACGGGACGGAGACCAGGGUUCGCCGGGAGAGCAGCAGGGACAAGCGGGCAGACAUCACCCAAGGACCCUUCCAGGUGCAGUCCGGAGAAGCAGGAACAGGACCAGCCGGAGUACCGCUGGGUACCGCGGUGGGAGCGGCUGUUGGAGUUGCCGGGAUCAUGGUGCUUCUGAUCGUGGCCGGUGUUCUGGUGAAGAAACGGGGCGGUCUGGCCUUAGGGAGGAAGAAGCGUGAUGACGACACUGUUGGACUGGACAACUACGCGUUCCAGAGUUGGGGAAACAUGAACAAGGCUGGCAUUGCUGACACCAAAGCCUAG